AUGACCUUUCUGGCACUGGCUGCAAUGAUAUUCAGCGGAGUAGCGAAAGGAAAGGAUAAUAUAACCCUACCACUAAAAGUAUUAUUGCCCUAUGAUUAUAGUCAAAAAUUAGCAUUUACCUUGACAUACUUGAGUCAAUCGGUGUGCCUCUAUUUCGCCGCUUUAAUUAACGUUGCCACGGAAACUUUUGUAAUGACAAUGAUAAUUCAAAUUUGCUCCCAACUUGAUAUAAUAUGUCACCGUCUACAAUAUCUCUCAGAUGACAAUGAAAACAAAAAAUCUCUAAUGUAUCAAAAAAUUGAGGAGGCCAAUAUUAUCAAAGACUGCGUCAUUCAUCAUAAUUACAUCUUCAGUUUAUCGAUAAAGAAGGAAGUUAAUGACAAGGUUAUAGUACAAAGUAUUAUUUUGACCUUCUUCCAUUUGCUAAUAAUCGUUAUCGUCAAAAAUCGUCAGUUUGGAAGCUGGGCGAUAAUAGGAAUUACGUUCAAUGACGACAGAGAGGAGAUGAGUUAG